UGCCCUGUUUACAGGUUCCUCCGCCGUGGGUCCCCAGGUGCCGCCAAUAUCUUGGUAUCCGUAAAGCCCCAUCCAUCCCUGGUAUCACCGGGUGCCCCUUAGUAACCUUGGGGUCUCAACGGAACAAAUCAGCCCGGGCGGACUCCCAGGGAAGAGACAGCAGGCUGUGGAGUGGAACUUGGAAGAGACGACAAGAAGCCUUUACGGAGCCUCGGAAGCUGCGCCAGGUCAGCCAAGGACCCCCAGCUUGGGGGCCCCUUGCACGCAGCAUGUGGCUGCCACGCAUCUCCAGCACGACGGUGACCGCGCUCCUGCUGGCGCAGACCGGCCUCCUGCUCUUCCUGGUCUCCCGGCCCAGGCUGACAUCCCCAGCAGAUGGCGAGGAACGCGUGCAUGUGCUGGUGCUGUCUUCAUGGCGCUCUGGCUCAUCUUUCGUGGGCCAGCUCUUCAGCCAGCACCCCGAUGUCUUCUACCUGAUGGAGCCCGCGUGGCACGUGUGGUCCGCCCUGUCGCACGGCAGCGCGCCGGCGCUGCACAUGGCCGUGCGUGACCUGGUGCGGUCCGUCUUCUUGUGUGACAUGGAUGUGUUUGAUGCCUACCUGCCGUGGCGUCGCAACCUCUCAGACCUCUUCCAGUGGGCCGUGAGCCGCGCGCUGUGCUCGCCGCCGGCCUUGGCGCGAGCACCGCUGCCCGAGAUCCGUGCACUGUACGACUUCGCGGGCCUUAGCCUCACCCCGCAGCUGGAGGCCUGGAUCCACAACAUCACGCAUGGGCCCGGGCCUGGCGCGCGCCGCGAAGCCUUCAAGACCACGUCCAGGGACGCACUGAACGUCUCCCAGGCCUGGCGCCACGCGCUGUCCUUCACCAAGAUCCGCCGGGUGCAGGAGCUGUGUGCUGGCGCGCUGCAGCUGCUGGGAUACCGACCCGUGUUUUCCGAGGAAGAGCAGCGUGACCUGGCCCUGGACCUGGUGCUACCGCGCGGCCCGGGCAGCUUCAGCUGGGCAUCGUCCACCAAUGCGCACCCUGGGCCUUAGCGAAAGGCCCGGUUGUGGCGGUCGCCAUGGCCAGGAGGAAACUGGUGGGGAGAGGGCUGGGGUACACAGGGCGCAGGCCGCUACUGGAGGAGCCGGGAGUUUGGGAAUCCUCCCUUGUAUUAGGAAAGGACUGUGUCCCCAAACUCCCUGUUUAUUGCCACUUCUUGACUUUCCUUGGAGUCCUUUUUUUGCUGCUGGGUUUCCAUCGGGCACAUUCUUCAUAGAAAACAAAGCUUGUGCCCAGCCAGUGUGGCUCAGUGGAUUGAGUGUUGUCCCAUGCACCAGGAGGUCACAGUUGGA